AUGUCGGCUGCGUUCCGCUACGUUGUGUCCGACAUGGAUGGGACGCUUUUUUCGCCCGACCACGUCAUCAGCGACUACACCCGCGAUACCCUUAAAGCCCUCGUGCACAAGCACGGCGUCACGCUUAUCUUGGCUACCGGUCGCCACUACGCCGAUGUGAAAGUUAUCGCCGACAACCUGAAGCAGUACAUUUGGGGAGACGACAACGCCACUGGCAGGGCACCAUCGCCCGCCAACCCGUCUCGGGCACCCAUGAUGUACCUCCUCACGUCGAACGGCGCCAUCGCACACAACGCCGUCACGCACGAGCUGGUCUUCCAGACCUGUGUGGAUCCCCUUUUUGUUGAAAAGCUCUAUCAUCAUCUGCCGGACAGCGAAGAGGUGGUGAACACGAACGUGUACCAGCAAGAGGAUUGGAUCUGCCGCAUCGACUGGCCGUGGACGUUACAGAUCUACAAGGAAAGUGGUAUUAGCUACAGGUGCGUACCGAAUGCGCCGCCGCGGUCUGCGGAGCCGGUGCCGAGCACGGCGCCAAGCGGGUGGAACCGCGGCGUGGCCGUGGGCAACUACGACGACAUCUCGAAGGUGUUCUUUUUGAGUUACGACACCGACCGUUUGCAGUCGCUAGUGUCGGACGUGGAGGCAAUUGCAAAGUCCUGCGGAGGCACUCCCUUCUCCUUGACCUUCUCCUCCUUCAUGUGCUUAGACAUCAUGGCAGAGGGCGUGUGCAAGGGUCAGGCGCUUCGCAAACUGCUUGAGAUCGCUGUGUCGCCGAAGGAAGGGAGAGACGUGGUGGCAGAAGCGUUGGAGGCUUCGAUUGCGUUUGGCGAUGGGCUGAACGAUGCAGAAAUGCUGACGGAGGUGGGCAAGGGCUGUGUGAUGGGUAACGCCACACCGAAGCUAAUGGAGCAGCAUCCGGAGCUGGAGGUAGUGCUGCCGAACAGUGAAAACGGUGUAGCGGAGAAGCUGCGCACCGUGUUUGGCAUUCCUGCUAGCUAA